AAAAGUGGCGGGCGUGGCGGGCGUGGCGGGCGGCCCGGCUGGCUCCAGGUCCCUUUGGCGCUCGGGCUGCGUGGCGCGAGCCGGGAGAGAGGACGCCGGCCCCCGGGGGUCCCUUUGCUGUGCAUCCCGUCCUGUGCCGACCACGAUGGACACGCGGGCGCAGAGGCCGCCUUUGUUGGAAGUGAAGAGGAACUGUGAGCUGAAGGCGGCCGUGGUCAAGGCCUCCUCCCGACUGCCCCUCUCAGGCAGCAGACUCAAGAGGGGCCCUGACCAGAUGGAGGAUGCCUUAGAGCCUGCAAGGAAACGGACACGAGGCCUGGGUACAGUGACCAAGGUUGACACAUCCCGCCCCAAAGGACCAUGUCUCAGCACGGUGUCGCAGACGCAGGCCCCCACUGCAGCUCAGAAAGGCCCGAAGAAGACAGGACCUCGUGGGUGUGCCACCGUGGGCUCAGUGCUGAAGAACCAGAAGCUGGCUCCUUCCGCUCCGGCCCAGAAGCCUGUCACGUCAACUGCCCCCGUGGUGGUAGGGAAGAGGCCUGGCAAACGUCCCGCCUGGGACUUAAAGGGUCAGUUGUGUGACCUCACUGAGGAGCUGAAACGCUAUCGGGAGAGGACUCAGAAACUGGACCAGGAGAACCAAGGGCUGCAGGAGCAGCUUAAAGCAGCCCAGGAGCAGGCUGCGACCCUGGGCACAGAGCGGAACACCCUGGAAGGGGAGCUGGCCAGUGUGCGGACCCAAGCACAGCAGGGCCAGCAGGAACUGCAGACGCUGCACGCCCGUGUCUUGGAGUUGGAGGGAUGUCUGGGCACCAAGGAAAGCCUGAUUCAGGAGCUCCAGAGAGAGCAGCUGGGGUUGCAGGAGGAGCGUAAGACACUGGCCGCCCGACUGGAAGAGCGAGAGACGAGGUUACAGGCCUCAGAAGCCGCGCUGUCAACCAGUGAAGCGGAGGUGGCCUGUCUGCGGCAGAAGACGGAAGCCCAGGUGACCUUACUGGCGGAGCAAGGUGACCGGCUCCAUGGGCUAGAGAUGGAGCGCCGUCGACUCCACAACCAGUUGCAGGAACUUAAGGGCAACAUCCGGGUAUUCUGCCGGGUGCGCCCUGUCCUCACAGGGGAGCCUGCUCCAUCCCCCGGCUUCCUCUUAUUCCCCCAUGGCCCUGCUGGACCGUCUGAUCCCCCAACCCGCCUUAGCCUUUCACGGUCUGAUGAUCGGCGCGCCACCCUGACCGGGGCACCUGCACCCACCACCCGCCAUGAUUUCUCCUUUGACCGCGUGUUCCCACCAGGAAGCAGACAGGAGGAAGUGUUUGAGGAGAUCUCCAUGCUUGUCCAGUCAGCGCUGGACGGCUACCCUGUGUGCAUUUUUGCCUAUGGACAGACCGGCAGUGGCAAGACCUUCACCAUGGAGGGUGGGCCUGGGGGAGACCCCCAGUUGGAGGGGCUGAUCCCCCGGGCCAUGCGGCAUCUAUUCUCAGUGGCCCAGGAGAUGGGUGGCCAGGGCUGGACAUACAGUUUUGUGGCCAGUUACGUAGAGAUCUACAAUGAGACCGUCCGAGACCUGCUGGCCACCGGGACCCGGAAAGGGCAAGGGGGCGAGUGUGAGAUCCGUCGGGCGGGACCAGGCAGUGAGGAGCUUACUGUCACCAAUGCACGCUAUGUUCCUGUCUCCUGUGAGAGAGAGGUAGAGGCUCUGCUGCAUUUGGCCCACCAGAAUCGGGCUGUGGCCCGCACUGCCCAGAAUGAGAGGUCGUCUCGAAGUCACAGUGUGUUCCAGCUGCAGAUUUCUGGAGAGCAUGCUGCUCGGGGCCUGCAGUGUGUUGCUCCCCUUAACCUUGUAGACCUGGCUGGGAGUGAGCGGCUAGACCCGGGCUUAACCUUAGGCCCCGGGGAACGUGAUCGUCUUCGGGAAACACAGUCCAUUAACAGCAGUCUGUCUACCCUGGGACUGGUCAUAAUGGCCCUGAGCAAUAAGGAGUCCCACGUGCCUUACCGGAACAGCAAGCUCACCUACCUGCUGCAGAACUCGCUGGGCGGCAGUGCCAAGAUGCUCAUGUUUGUGAACAUCUCUCCUCUGGAAGAGAAUGCCUCCGAGUCACUCAAUUCCCUACGCUUUGCUUCCAAGGUGAACCAGUGUGUCAUCGGUACUGCUCAGGCUAAUAAGAAAUGAAGACGGAGCCCCAGCCUGGCUCCGCACUCGAGUGUGCUUGUCUCUGUGUUUAUGUGUAUGUACUGGGUGGGGUGGGGGUUGAGAGAUGCGCUUUUAUUGGCUGGACAUCAUUUGUACCCAACUAUCAAAUAAAGAAAUUUUGUUGUAGACUUA